AGUUGGAAGAGUUUGCAUGCACACUGACAGCGGGCGGAGUCCUCCUGAUGACACAACCACACAGAGAGCCGCUUGGGGCGGCGUUACCGUGGCAACAACACAGCAAGAGGCUUCCUGCACCCUGACACUAGGCUGCGACCAAUUGCGAACAGCGGACUUGGAAAAGCGAGCACUUUUGACCCAACCACCUUCUCGUAGUCGGGUGACAUCACGGUCACGUGACUUGGUGUAAAGGAGAGGAAACAAAAUCCAUUGGGAGAUUAAGAAGCUGCUGACAGCAGAGGAGAGAGAGGGAGUGGGGAGCGGAGGAGGGAUCGGCCGAUGGGAUCGGUCAGGAUUCACAGAUGGGUCAAGGUCUUUGGAGAGUUGCAAGAAACCAGCAAUUUCAACAAGGAUACAUUGAACAGAGCUACCUGUCCGCAGAUAAUGACAACGAUAUGAACCAUCGGAGACACACACAGGGCGGCGUAGACCUCUAUCAGCUACUGAAAGCUAGAAAAGGAAAGGAUGAACAAGGAUUUAUUAAUCUUGAAAUGUUGCCACCAGAGCUAAGCCUUACUAUUUUAUCCUAUCUCAAUGCAACUGACUUGUGCCUGGCAUCAUGUGUAUGGCAAGACCUGGCCAACGAUGAACUGCUUUGGCAAGGAUUAUGCAGAACUACUUGGGGACAUUGUUCCAUAUACAACAAAAGGCACCCGCCAGGAUUUUCUUAUAGAAAUCUCUACAUGCGCCUUGAUGAAGGAAGUCUAACCUUUAAUGCUAACCCACAUGAGGGAAUUGAAUAUUUUUUAUCCAGGGGUAUACUAGACGACUCACCAAAAGAAAUAGCAAAGUUUAUCUUUUAUACCAGAACGCUCAACUGGAAAAACCUGAGGAUAUAUCUUGAUGAAAGGCGAGAUGUAUUGGACGAUCUAGUGACAUUGCACAACUUCAGUAAUCAGUUUCUACCAAAUGCACUGAGAGAAUUUUUCCGACAUAUACACGCACCAGAAGAACGCGGUGAAUACCUCGAAACACUCAUUACUAAAUUCUCUCACCGAUUUUGUGCUUGUAACCCUGCACUGGCACGAGACCUUGGUCUUAGCCCUGAUGCCGUGUAUGUCCUGUGCUAUUCUUUGAUUCUGCUUUCCAUCGACCUCGCCAGUCCUCAUGUGAAGAACAAAAUGUCAAAGAGAGAGUUUAUCAGAAACACACGUCGUGCUGCUCAGAAUAUUAGUGAAGAAUUUGUAGGCCAUCUUUAUGACAACAUUUAUCUUGUCGGCCAUGUUGCUGUCUAGAAGCGCAGUCUCUGUGUUUUACAUUAGUAUCUACUACUACAUCUCCCUACAACAUUGUCCCAGUUGGCAAAUAAGGGGGUUAAGAUAGUGCUGGUCAUGCUAACCUCUGCCUACAAUCUAAUGGUGUGUUCUGUCUUUUCUUAGAAAUCUACCUUCGAAAGUGACAUUUCUUGCAGAAUUAUUAUUUGGUUAAUAGUUUUGCGUAUCAUGUUUGCACAAAGCCGUGCCAUUAGACUGAUUUAGCCAUUUAUGACUGUUAAACUGACCUUACAAUGUAGGCCUUCUUCAGGGUGUUGGAUAUAAACACUACAUUUUGUAUUUUAAAAGCGUUUACCAAUGCAUUAUUUUGUUUUUUUUAAAAUAUCUUGUAAUUUGUACAUACUAAACUAAAGAGAUUUAUAAUAUAAAUAUUAAAUAUGUAAAGUAUUUUAACUAAA